AUGGCAAUGAUCGAAUCCAUAGGCUCUCUUGAUAAAGACUCAUUCGUUUCUCUCUUAUCGAAACUCAUCGGCGAAUCAAAAUUCGUCCAGAACAAUCCACCGGAGCUUAUUCCUCAAGAGGAUCUAAUCGUCAAGCACGUCCUCGAUUCUCUCCGACCUUACAGUACCGAAACUGGUGGUGGUCCUCUUCUGAUCAAUCAUGUCGCUUAUCAUAAAGGAAGAGGUAAUCUCAUCGUUGAGUACCCAGGAUCUGUUCCCGGAAAGAUCUUAUCUUUCGUCGGAAUGCAUAUGGACGUCGUCACUGCGAAUCCCGAUGAUUGGGAAUUUGAUCCUUUCUCGCUAAGCAUAGAUGGUGAUAAGCUUCGUGGUCGUGGGACUACAGAUUGUCUUGGUCAUGUUGCUCUUGUGACUGAGCUAAUGAAGAGGCUUGGGCAAACCAAACCGGCUUUGAGAUCGACGGUGGUUGCGGUUUUCAUUGCUAGUGAAGAGAACUCUUCCAUUGCAGGUGUUGGUGUGGACAUGCUUGUUAAAGGCAAACUUCUUGAUAAGCUCAAAUCCGGACCCUUGUAUUGGAUUGAUACGGCAGAUAAGCAGCCGUGUGUUGGAACUGGUGGUAUGAUUCCGUGGAAGCUUCAUGCUACCGGAAAGCUUUUCCACAGCGGUUUAGCUCACAAGGCGAUUAAUGCGAUGGAGUUAGGAAUGGAAGGGCUAAAGGAAAUCCAGUCUCGGUUUUACAGGGACUUUCCGCCUCACCCACAAGAGAAAGUUUAUGGCUUUGCGACCCCAUCCACCAUUAAGCCAACACAAUGGAGUUAUCCGGGAGGUGGAAUCAACCAAAUCCCUGGAGAUUGUACUGUUUCGGGUGAUGUGAGGUUAACUCCUUUCUAUGACGUAAAAGAAGUGAUGACGAAACUGCAAGGGUAUGUAGACGACAUAAACACGAACAUAGAGAAGCUCGAAACCCGUGGUCCUGUUUCGAAAUACAUCUUACCGGAUGAGAAUUUAUGCGGAAGGCUUACCAUAAGCUUUGAUGAAGCAUCAGCUGGAGUUGCGUGUGAUCUUGAUUCCCGCGGCUUUCAUGUUCUAUGCAAAGCUACCGAAGAAGUUGUCGGGCAUGUGAAGCCUUACUCAAUCACCGGUACUCUUCCUCUAAUUCGAGACCUCAAGGAUGAAGGUUUCGACGUGCAAACUUCAGGAUACGGUCUCAUGGCUACAUAUCAUGCAAAGAACGAGUACUGUCUUCUUACAGACAUGUGCCAAGGCUUUGAUGUCUUCGUUAAGAUCAUUUCUCAACUUGAACAAGACUAA